AUGGAUAUUCACUGCAAAGCAGAUCCAUUCUCCGCCAUGCACCGGCAUGGCGGAGUUAACCAACUGGGUGGUGUGUUCGUGAACGGCAGGCCGCUACCGGACGUCGUGCGCCAGAGAAUCGUGGAGCUCGCGCACCAGGGAGUGAGACCAUGCGACAUAUCACGCCAACUGAGGGUCAGUCACGGAUGCGUCAGCAAGAUCCUGGGCAGGUACUAUGAAACAGGCAGUAUAAAGCCCGGAGUGAUCGGUGGCUCCAAGCCGAAGGUGGCCACUCCGAAAGUGGUGGAUAAAAUAGCGGACUAUAAGAGACACAACCCCACCAUGUUCGCAUGGGAGAUCCGGGACCGGCUGCUGGCGGAGGGCAUCUGCGAUAACGACACCGUGCCCAGCGUCUCCUCCAUCAACAGGAUUAUUCGCACUAAAGUUCAGCAACAGUACCACCCCUCUCCUGAUGGAACAUCUCUCUCAACAACGGGACACACUAUAGUCCCCAGCACAACGUCCCCACCAGUAUCAAGUGGAUCCAGUGAUCCUGUUGGUUCAUACUCUAUCAAUGGCAUCCUUGGCAUCCCUCGCUCCAAUGGAGAGAAGAGGAAAAGAGAUGACGAUGGCUCCGAAGGUUCAGGGCAGAACAGUGACUCCCAGGGCAGUGUGGAGAGCCUGAGGAAACACCUACGUGCUGAUGCCUUUACCCAACAACAGCUGGAGGCUUUGGACCGAGUGUUUGAGCGUCCGGGCUACCCUGACGUCUUCCCCAGCACAGAACAUGUCAAACCAGAGCAUGCUAGUGAGUACGCCCUUCCUGCACUAAACCCAGGACUGGAUGAGGUUAAACCCAGUCUGUCCUCCAGCAGCUCCUCAGACCUGGGUGCCAGCGUGUCCCAAAGCUACCCUGUAGGCAGAGAUAUGGCCAACACAACCUUACCUGGCUAUCCACCUCACGUCCCCCCAACAGGACAGGGCAGCUACCCAACCUCCACACUGGCUGGAAUGGUUCCUGGGAGCGAAUUUUCAGGGAAUCCCUACAGUCACCCACAGUAUACAGCAUACAACGAGGCAUGGCGCUUCAGCAACCCAGCCUUACUGAGUUCCCCUUAUUAUUAUAGUGCAUCCCGAGCCUCUGCACCACCAACUGCUGCCGCUGCUUACGACCGCCACUAGACGCCAUGCAAACCAACCCGAACACCGUCUCGGACUUGCUGUCAUGCCCGUGUGAAUGGUGGAACAGAUUGGACAAGGGUCGCUUUGAACAUGUCACAUGAUGAUGAACGAGCCAAUCAGGACAUCAGAUCAGGCUCACCCACAUUCAGCCAUCCAAAUUAAACUCCAUAUCCAAGCAGCCAACACUUACAGUGGGUGUCCACAUCACAAUGACUAAUGAGAAACCUUGUGAGAAAAUAUAUAAAUGCGGAAAACGACACAAUGAGGCAAAUUGAAUCAACAGAAUUUUUUCUUUUUAAUUUUUCAAAUUUUUUUAUUGUUGUGAAUGAAAACAUUUUCUGUGACUGUCAUGUGGCAGAACAUCAUUUCUCUGCUCAUAUCAUGCUGCUCUCUUUCUCUCUAUCCCUCUCUCUCAACUUUGCAAUGCAGUAUUAUUCAUCUAGACUCACAGCUUGGUGUUUCUUUACAUAUCCACACACGCACCCUUACAGCGGAACAUACCUAAACUCAGCCUGUCAGCUCCUUUGUCUUCAGUUCAAAGCCCUGAACUGAGGAUUAACACAUCUCCUCUG